CAGGUGAGAGCGAGGUAACGUUGUGAGAAGCAGCGACCAAGAACAAUUGAUAAGAUGUUCCCAUUGUUUACUUUCGACCUUUACCUGGGCGCCUGCAGCCUGCUGAUGUUGAUGUAACGUUGGAUUUUAACUUGUCGCCGCCUCAAUAUGGGAAAGAAUAAGAAAGAUUACCAAGUCGAUGGGAUGGAGUCCUAUCGAUACAGCAGUAACUCCAGUGAUAGUUCUUCGAGUAGCAGCAGCAGUGUCUCUGGGUCGAGUGACAGUGAAGACAGUACCAACAGUGAAAGGGAAAGAAAAAGAAAGCGAGUGAAAAAGAAAAGCUCCAAACUUAAGAAAGAGAAAAGAAUAAAAAAAACUACAAGUGGUGUAAGUGAUGAUGAGGAAACAGAAUAUGAUGAUAGAGAGAAAAGGAAGAGACUGAAACAUUCAAAACACAAAGGUGAAACUGAUGAAAAGUACACAGACAAUUAUGAUACAAGAGAUGAUCGAAAGCACCGUAGCAGUCGUAAGCACAAACACCACCGCAAACACAAGCACAAGCAUCGACACCAUCGACAUCAUCGCAGUGAAGAACAGCAAGAGAGGAGAAGGGAAGGAUCUGUAGAUAAAACUGAAAUAAGAAGAGGAAGAGAUGGUGAAGAAAGAAAAUAUAAAGAUAGACUUGAAUAUGAAAAAUCAGAUAGGGAGAGGAGAAUGGAGAGAGAUACUGAUAGAAAGGAUAAGAGAGAAGAAAGAAAGCAGAAAGAGAGAUAUGAAAGCAGGCAGAUCAAAAGCAAAUGGGAUGAAGAAGAGGACACUCAGUAUGAUGCUAACAAGCGAAUCAAAGUAGAAUCAGAUAUGGAUGAAGAUAAUGGAAGGGAUCAGACUAGCAGGAGAUCAGAUGAUGAUCACAGACCACAUAAAAUUCGAAAAGACACCCAAAGAGAUCGCCAAGAGACAGAUGGAGAUCAGAUGUCUGAGAAUGGCCGGCCAGCUUGGGGAACAAGAAAUAAUAUAAAGAAAGAGAAUUUAACAUCGGAAGAGGAAAAGCAGAAGCCGAAUUUGGGACUUUCUGGUAAGCUGGCUGAAGAUGCUAACACUUUUAAUGGUGUUGUCAUAAAAUACUCCCAACCACCUGAGGCCAGGAAGCCUAAACGACGAUGGAGAUGGUAUAUUUUCAAAGGUGAAGAAGAUCUCCCAUUUCUUCCACUACACCGUCAGAGUGCGUACCUUAUUGGCCGUGAUCGCAAAGUAGCAGAUAUUCCAACAGACCACCCAUCCUGCUCCAAACAACAUGCCGUCCUGCAGUACCGACUUGUCUCGUAUAACAGAGAAGAUGGAACUAAAGGUCGAACUGUCAAGCCAUAUAUUUUAGACCUUGAAUCGGCCAAUGGGACAUACGUCAAUAAUCGCAGAAUUGACUCCCGUAGAUUUGUGGAGUUGCUAGAAAAGGAUGUUGUAAAAUUUGGUUACAGCUCUAGAGAAUAUAUUUUGCUGCAUGAGGGAUCAAGAGGAGAUGAUGAAAAUGAUCCAGAUAUGGGUGUGGAGCUUAGUCCUGUCUCCCUUCUCAGAAGCAAGUAGAUGGACUAAAAAAUUAUAGUUUGAUCCUGAAAGUUGAAGAACCAUAUGUAUACAGUAUAUUGAAAAUGCUUAUAUGUUUCAUACAAAAUUGUUUGUAAUCUUGUUUUCUAUCCUGUCAGUGUUAUAAUAAUACAGUACUGUAUAUGUGAAACACUUAGCAUUUUAUCAUUUAUUACGAAGACAAUUGUAGAAGGAAAAAACAGUUUUGCAAGAGAUACAUUAAAAAAAGCACUUCCAACUUUUACUCAGGUACACAAAUGAUAGGACCCACACCAUUGAAUGGUGGUAAUGGAUUUUCAUGCAGUGACUUGCUUAUUUAGGAUGAGGAUACAAAUUUAGAUAACAAAUAGAUACACAUUUAAAAAAUAUGUAUCUAUUUUUUCAUGCAAUAGAUACAUGUGUGUGUGUGUCUGUGUCUAUUUAUAUAUAUAUAUGUUUUUUGAAUGUACAGUAUAUAUAUAAUAUGUAAGUCAUACCUAAUAGCUAAAAACCACACUACUUUGCCUAGUUAACAAGGCCUGGUUUGCCUAACAGCCAGAGUGAUUUUGCUUAUAUUGAAAUGUUUUUCUAAAUUAGUUCACCCAUAAUAUUAUACAGUAUAGGUAACAUAACUGCUAUUUUUAUGUUUGCCUGUAAUCAGAAAUAAUUGGCAAAUUUAGUAUUGGUCAGGGAUUCUGUUAAUUUUGACUCUAAAAUAAAAAUUCUAAUGUA